AUGUUGACAGCACCAGACUCCCGGGGAACCACAGCAGAAAGGAGCUGCAGUCAAAUAAAUCAAGUGCCGUUUAAAAGCAGUCCACGCUUCGGGGCUUUGAGUCACCACUCGUUCUUCUCCCGGCACAACCCUCAUCCCCACCGAGUGAGGCACAUUCAAGGUCUCAAUGGCAGACCGAUUUGCAUGGUGCGAGAUGACUGGUUUGUCACCUCGUCAUUAUUUCCGCAUCCACUUCUCAAGAGCCACGUCCUGAAGAAAUCACCCGGGCCGGCGUUUCCUCCUGCUCCAAACCUCCACGGAGCGAACAAAAACAAAUCAGCACUGUUUUCAGAAGCCUGGAGGGAUGAACUUAAAGAACUCGCUGCAAAAGUCAGCCUGUCUUCUCGAGCACAAAUGGAGAAAAACGAGGACCAACAGGAGGACGAAUGUGCCCGUCGAAAGACUCAGUAUUCAGCUGAUACUGGGAGGAUCAUCCCUCCAUCCACCAAGUCGUACCAGCGCAGAUCUCAUUCCCAGCACCUGAAGCAUCCUCAACCCUUCCAGGAUCAAGAACUGACGGUUCUGGAGCUGCUCUGUCAGAUCCUGCAGACGGACUCUCUGUCCACGGUGCAGCAGUGGCUUCUGCUUGCAGGCCAAAGAGAGAAAGACCUGGUGAUGGGGAUGCUCAGACGAGCCCUGGAUGCCGUCGACCUCUCGGGCCGUAGCCAGCGGACCUUCCAGGCUUUUCCUCCAGGAGCGUCUCCGCUGGUCUACGAUCCGUCAUUUGAGCGGCCGUGGAGGAAACCACAGAGAGCGAGCUCGUACAAAGCGAAUCAGACUUCCAACGAUGACAAACCAGAGAGGAUCGGAGAUGCAGAGGUCCUCCAAAUCCAUGCAGAACCUCAGGAUGGUCCUCAAGAUCCUUCACCUCAGAGUGCAUAAGGUUGCUUCAUUGUGACUGCGUUGCAAUACGGCCAAGAACCGGUUCCCCUGUUUGGUCCUCCCAUGAUGAAUUUAUCACAAGUUAUCUUUAGCAUGCAGCAUCUUUGCUUUGUGGUUAUUUCUUCCUAGCUGGUUUAGUCAGAGGACUACACCAGAGCGCUUUUCAUUUUCACUUCAUUAACACGAUGUAGCUGUGAUGGCGUCGCCGGAUACUGUGGGUGAUGCCAUGGUGUCCAUCAGCUCUCUGAAGUGGUUUAACCGAGUAAGGAGACCUUCUA